AUGUUCAGAAUUUUCUAAUAAAUUAAAUUAGCUAAAUCAUAUUCUUCUACAAAACUCUUAAAGGGUAUAAAGUACAAUUUUGCUAGUGAUUAGUACAGACCUAAGUAAUGUUAUUACAAGGUUUUGAAUGUAUCUUCAGAUGCUAAUUUCGAUGAGAUUAAAUCAUCUUACUUAAAGUUAGCCAAAAAAUAUCACCCAGAUGCAAACCCAGAAUUACAAUAAACUGAUAAAUUUAAAGAAAUAUCUGAAGCAUACAAUAUUUUAUCUAAUGUAGACAAGCGUGCCCAGUAUGACGUAGCCCAAGGGUUGAGAUCUAGUUGGAAAUAUGACUAGGAAGAAAAUAAAUUUACAAACAAUGAGCAAUAUGAGCAGUUUUUAAAAGAGGAGUAAUAAAAGAAAAAGCAAUUAGAUGAAUAGGCCUUUGAUUACUUUGAAAAAAAAUAUUUUGGGAAUAAAGAUUUUUUCAAGAAGAAUGUGAUAGAUGAUGAUGAAUAUGAACUAACAAUGAAAUUAUAUAAAAAGCACAAAGAAGAAGUAACAGAAAAGAAAAAAGAUUACAUAGAAUUCAUGACAUAUUCAAGCAAUAAUUACUUUGUGCAUAAAGAUGUUGAGAAAAAAGCUGAGGGAGAAAAUACAGCUGGAAAUCUUUUGAGUGAGUUUAAAAUACCUUUAUUAGUUUUAUUCUUAGCUAUGGCAGGAGCAGGAGUUUUUAGUGGAGUUAGCUAAAAAGAAUAAUAAAAAUAAAGCAUACAAAAAUCAACAAUAGUAAAAGACGGUGCUGGUUAUAGAGGUAAUAUGACUCCUGUGAAUAUAGUCUGA